CUCGGCGGCCGGCUGUGAGGCAGACAGUGGCCGGCGGGGGUCAGUGCAGGAGGCGGAUCGGUGUGUCAGUCGGUUUCUAGUUUCUGCGAGCAGAUUCACCUCUCAAUGGCCAUGGACACUUCGGGGAAGGAGAGGGAGGCCGUGCAGCUGAUGGCGGACGCGGAGAAGAGGGUGAAGUCGUCGCAUUCCUUCCUGAGGGGUCUCUUCGGGGGAAACACAAAAGUAGAAGAAGCCUGUGACAUGUAUGCCAGAGCUGCAAACAUGUUUAAGAUGGCAAAGAACUGGCCUGCUGCAGGAAAUGCAUUUUGUCAGGCAGGCAAGCUACACAUGCAACUGCAGAGCAAACACGAUGCAGCUACUAGUUUUGUAGAUGCUGGAAAUGCCUACAAGAAGGCUGAUCCACAAGAGGCUAUCAACUGCUUAAAUGCAGCCAUCGAUAUUUACACUGAUAUGGGAAGGUUUACGAUUGCUGCCAAGCAUCACAUUACAAUUGCGGAAAUUUAUGAGAGCGAACUUGUUGAUAUUGAAAAGGCCAUUGCACAUUAUGAGCAGUCAGCAGAUUACUAUAAGGGAGAAGAAUCAAACAGCUCUGCCAAUAAGUGUCUGCUGAAGGUGGCUACAUAUGCCGCUCAACUGGAACAGUACCAAAAGGCAGUAGAAAUCUAUGAACAGGUUGGUACCAGCACAAUGGAUAAUCCUCUGCUGAAGUAUAGCGCAAAAGAAUAUUUCUUCAAAGCUGCUCUCUGCCACUUCAUUGUGGAUGAACUGAAUGCCAAGCUUGCUGUGGAAAAAUAUGAAGAAAUGUUUCCUGCAUUUUCAGAUUCAAGGGAGUGCAAACUAUUAAAGAAACUCCUUGAAGCUCAUGAAGAACAAAAUUUGGAUGCAUACACUGAAGCCGUGAAGGAAUUUGAUUCAAUUUCUCGUCUGGAUCAGUGGCUGACCACCAUGUUACUUCGGAUCAAGAAAUCAAUCCAAGGAGAUGGAGACGGCGACCUUAAAUGAGGUGUAUUAUGAUGUAUCCCUAUAUAAAAUUAAUUCUAAGCAGGAAACACUUGGACUCUUUUUGUGUGCACAUGUACAGUUAAUAAAGUGUCAAUAUGCUACAGCA